AACCAACCAAGGAUCAGAAAAUGACAUUCAGCCUUCUUUCAUAAGAUUAUGAUUUUAUGAUAUGAACAAAUUCACAUUUUUUUUUCAUUUUGUUUUACCCCUAAUAAUAUUCUCUCCACAUCUCACUCCUUUUUUUUGUUUUUCUCUCUCCUCAAUCCAUCCAUCCAUCCAUUCAUUCAUCCUGAUGAUUACUAUUUAAUGAUGAUUUUAAUGGAAAAAGAGAGUGAUUAGUAUGAUCCCCACCCACCUUCAUCUUCACCUUCACCUUCUUCUUCCUUCUCUUAACUCACUACUCUCACCACUUUCUUUUUAACUUUUUUUUUUUUUUUUUUUAUAUAUAUAAUUUUUUUUUUUGAAUUUAUCUUCUAAUCUUUUGGAUUUAUCUUUUUGAUAACCAACAAGUUAUAUAUAUUUUUUUAUUAAUUUUUUUGAGGGGAAUUUAAUUGAUUAGAUUUCUAGGUAUAAAACUCCAAAAUAUAUAAAUUAAUGGGGAAUGUUAAUGGUAGAGAAGAAGGGAGUCAAUCUGAAUCAGGGUUAGUAAUUGAAGAAGAAGAAGAGGAAGAAGAAGAAACUGUUUGUGGGGUUUCACCUUCUCCAGCUCUCAUGACUCACUCUCCUCCUCAAAGUCCUAGAACUGUUCAAUCUCCUCUUAAAUUUGCUCCUCAGCCUCCCGUGGCUCCAAUACAAAAACCCGAUGACCUGCAUAUCCUGAAUCCAACAUGGUUACAUUCAUCGCCGUCUGAUGAAGAAAUGAGUUUUGAGCAAGGAAUUCCUACUAUGUUCACUUGGAGUUGUGGUGGCAAGGAAGUUGCUGUGGAGGGUUCAUGGGAUAACUGGAAGACAAGAAAACCACUACAGAGAUCAGGAAAGGACUUUACUCUCAUGAAAGUGCUGCCAUCAGGAGUUUACCAAUAUAGGUUUAUUGUUGAUGGUGUGUGGACUUAUUCAUCCGAUUUACCGUGGAUCCAGGACGAGACUGGAAAUUAUUACAAUGUUUUGGAUUUGCAGGAUUAUGUCCCAGAAGACACAGAGAGCAUAUCGGGAUUUGAGCCACCACAAUCUCCAGAUAGUAGCUAUAAUAAUACAGAACUUAACCAAGAUGAUUUUGCCAAGGAACCACCACUUGUUCCUCCUCACCUUAACAUGACCUUGCUUAAUGUACCUUCUCUGUGCACAGAGGCGCCGCCGCCUUCUCUUUCAAGACCUCAACAUGUGGUUCUUAAUCAUCUUUACAUGCAGAAGGGAAAGAGCGGUCCAUCAGUUGUCGCACUUGGCUCUACACAUAGGUUCAAGUCCAAGUAUGUGACUGUUGUACUCUACAAAUCUCUGUAGGGAUGUGUUUUUGAGAUAUUAUUUAAAUCUAUAGAGGGUUGGGUUUAGUAGUAAUGGUGAGGAUAGAUCAGAACAAUGUACUGUAACGUUGCUGGAUGAAGUAGACUAUAGAAGGCGCUCAAGUACCAAAUUUUAUGUUUGCUUCAAUUUGACAACCUCUUUGUCCUCUUUA